AUGAGCGGACAAGUCGGGGACCUGAGCCCACAGCAGCAGGAGGCCCUGGCCAGGUUCCGGGAGAACCUCCAGGAUGUGCUGCCCACCCUGCCCAAGGCUGAUGACCACUUCCUUCUGCGCUGGCUCCGAGCUCGAAACUUUGACCUUAAGAAAUCUGAGGACAUGCUACGAAAGCAUGUGGAGUUUCGGAUUCAGCAGGACCUGGACCACAUCCUCACAUGGCAGGCACCAGAGGCGAUCCAACUCUAUGACUCUGGUGGUCUGUGUGGCUAUGACUACGAAGGCUGCCCUGUGUGGUUUGACAUCAUUGGGACACUGGGGACCCCAAGGGGGCUCUUUAUGUCAGCCUCUAAGCAGGACAUGAUCCGGAAGCGUACCAAAGUCUAUGAGAUGCUUCUCCGUGAGUGUGAGCUGCAGAGUCAGAAGCUGGGCAGGAAGAUUGAGAGAAUAGUGAUGGUGUUCGACAUGGAAGGGCUGAGCCUGAGGCACUUAUGGAAGCCCGCGGUGGAGGUCUACCAGCAGUUUUUUGCCAUGGUGGAAGCAAAUUAUCCUGAGACAGUGAAAAAUUUAAUCGUUAUUCGAGCUCCCAAGCUUUUCCCAGUGGCCUUCAACCUGGUCAAAUCGUUCAUGGGAGAGGCAACACAAAAGAAGAUAGUGAUUCUGGGAGGUAACUGGAAACAAGAGCUUCUCAAGUUUAUAAGCCCUGACCAGCUGCCUGUGGAAUUUGGGGGGACUAUGACUGAUCCUGACGGUAACCCCAAGUGCCUGACCAAGAUCAACUAUGGAGGCGAUGUGCCCAAGCACUAUUACCUGAGCAAUCAGGAGAGGCCACAGUACGAGCACACUGUGGUCGUGGGCCGAGGCUCCACCCACCAGGUGGAGAAUGAGAUCCUGUUCCCAGGCUGUGUGCUCAGGUGGCAGUUUGCAUCAGAUGGUGGAGACAUUGGCUUUGGAAUUUUCCUGAAGACCAGGAUGGGGGAGCGGCAGAAGGCCGGAGAGAUGGUGGAAGUGCUGCCCAGCCAGCGCUACAACACCCACAUGGUGCCUGAAGAUGGGAGUCUCACCUGCCUCAAGGCUGGAGUCUAUGUCCUGCGCUUUGACAACACCUAUAGCCUCCUGCACGCCAAGAAGGUUGGCUACACCGCCGAGGUGCUUCUUCCCGACAAGGCCUGUGAGGAGAAGUUGCAGGGCCUCAGGUCAACGAGCCCGCCCCAGGACAGCAAAGACUCUGGCCGCCUCUGA